CCCCCAGUUUAAUUAAAAUUGAAAAAUUUUGAGACAAAAAUCAAAGAAAGCAGAGCAAGAGGACUAUGAGGGCUUGCUCUGUAUCCAAUUCUUCGUUUCUUCUUGUUUUUCCUUCUUCUACAACAGACCUCUGGUCUUUCACUCUCAGUAGAACUCACACUGGUCCCUUCUCAAACCCACUUCUUCGCCUCCCCAACCGGUCGUCUAUCAAUUCUCACGCACCUUGGUUUUCUCGCCCAACAAUAAUCACUGCAACAACACAAUCAACAAGAAGAUCCAUGGCUUCUGAGCAGACUCGGACCACUUUGGACUCCGUACCCAACUCUUCCAUCACUCUCUUGUUCGUAGAGAUGGGUGUCGGUUACGAUCAACACGGGCAAGAUGUUACAGCAGCGGCAAUGAGGGCUUGUAGGGAUGCAAUCUCUUCCAAUUCAAUCCCUGCUUUCCGAAGAGGGUCUAUACCUGGUGUUACAUUUGAGCAGAUGAAACUACAAAUUAAGCUGGGAGUUCCUCGAUCCCUCCAACAAUCCCUAGAUGUUGACAAGGUCAAGUCUGUCUUUCCAUAUGGGAAAAUUGUGAAUUUUGAAGUUGUGGAUGGUGGACUGAUAUGCUCAAGUGGUGUGCUUGUGGAAGAAAUGGGAGAUAAGAAUGAUGAUUGUUACAUAGUGAAUGCAGCUGUUUACGUUGGUUACUAGGUUCUUGCUUAAUUAUCUGCUCACUUGCUGUGUUUUGUGGGUUUAUUUAUUUUUAUUUUUCUCUUUAUCCAUUAAACAAGAAAACUAUAUGGUUUCCUGUCAAUUCCCAAUUCGUAGUUGGCAUCACAAUAAGUAGAUCUUUAUUGACAUGUCAUGACGCUAGUUAUGUUAGUGUUAAUUUUCUUCUCUUUUUUUUAAUGUUCAUUGCAAUCUUCAUCUUGAAGAUAUGAAAUACUGAAUUAUGUGGCACAACUGAACUAGAAACCUUUAAUUUAUCUGAAACGAUAAUGAAGGUUUUUUUUUUUUU